UCCUCUUCGAAUCAGUUCCCCUACCUACCGGUGUCCAGUUAUGUUGUGGAGAACGUUGCUCGGGCAACAAUUUGUUUGGACUUUUGUUUUGAGAGAUAUCCCGUAGGAUCAGUCGUUCCAUAAAGAUUAUAUGGAUAGUAUUACAUUAUCGAUCGUGCGUGUAGUGAUCGUGAAAAGUAGUUUCCGCUUGUUUUCUUCGAUUUUUCGAUAACUUCGUUCAGUACAUUUACAUUCCAGACCCACGCGUGCUUCUUAGUACGCAGGAUCAAAUACAUUUGAUGAAUACAUCCGUGAAAAACGUGAAAAUAUUUUUCGGUAAUCAAGAUUGUUGAAAUUAGUUUUCAACGAGAUUUCUUUCUGGAAUUUUCAAUGAUCCAAUCAGGAAUGCGGCGCGAAUCGUUAAAGGAAAAUGGACAUUAAAGAACUAUGUAAGUAAUAUAGUGAAUAGCGGAAUGGGAUCUGUGCAUACAGCCAUAUUGAAAACGAUUAGUUUUCGAAAGUGAUUUCGCGAUAGUUAGAAAAGAAAACUAUCGAAUCGCGAUUUAUUUUCCACCGUUAGUGGUUUCUUUGCUUCCUUUACGGUCCGUGAGAGAGCAGACCCACCUUCUGACAGGUGGAAUGUGGGGACCUAACAUAGCCGUGGGGUCCGACAAUCGCGAUCGCAGCGACGUGAAGCGACUUGUUCAGGAACGGGCGAAGAGAAGGACAUUGUUGCUUAUCCUCGGCGGGAAGGGGCGGAAGAAGGAUAUUCCGGAAGAUAUUCCCCGGUUUUUCGUGAGAAUAACCACCUCUUCUCCGCCAUCGUACGUGAGAAUAACUGGCAGAGGUCGGCCUUGAGGUGUGGAAACACAACGGGCCGGUGGUCGGUGGUUGUGCGCCGCCUUGUGUAGUAGUAGUAGUAAUCUCGGAAGAGCGGGGGGAGGGGGGGGGGAGGGGACUCGGCAUCGCACAGAGAGAGAGAUUUAUUCGAGUUUCACAAGCUCUCUCGAUCACCGGCACCGGUCGUGACCUCGAUAGAGCUCAUCCACCUGGUUGUGUUGGAUAACUCGAAGCAGCAGCGGCAGCCGCCGCCGCCGCCGCCGCCGCCACAGGACCCUGAAAGGUCGAGAGCUCUCCUUUGCAAUCUCCCUCUCCUCCGCCCUUCCUCUUCCUCUUCUUCUCCUUUCUUCCUUCCUCUUCUUCUUCGGUUGCACGAAAAGUCGCGAGAUGUAGCGAUUUUUCGCAACGACCACCAUCGCCCUCUUCAAACGGCGCGCGCUUCCUUUGUUAUGUAUCGUUCCACGUGUCUGUGCGCAGAGUAGCGGAGUAGUCGCGUGCGUGGAAAGAGAUAGAGAUAUUUUCGCGCUUAUUCGAGAGAGAAAAGGAUGAAAACGAUGGGCGACGUGGUCGCGGAUCCCAUCGAGGAGGAGAACAGCGUGGAGGGCACGGCGCAGAAUCCGACUGGCGGGAAAGAAUUCGGCCAGAAGACGCUCAGGUCCUUGAAGAGGGGGCUCGGCAGGCUUUGGAGGAGGCAUCGUGGCAAUGCCUCGAUCACCGAGUACGACCCCUGCUACAAGGUCGCUUAUCUUGGGAACGUUCUCACUGGAUGGGCCAAAGGCGAGGGCUGCGUGGAGAAACCCGUGUCGACGUUAUGGCGCAAUUACGUUACAAGCAGCAGGCCGGACGUGUCGAUGAGGCUGACGGUCACGAACGGCGGUUUGACCGCGACGACCAAGGAUCACGGGCUGACGGAGUACUGGGCGCACAGGGUCACCUAUUGCACCGCGCCUGCUUCCCACCCGCGCCUAUUCGUCUGGGUGUACAGGCACGAGGGGCGAAGGCUGAGGCCCGAGCUCAGGUGCCACGCCGCCCUCUGCAGCAAGGAGUCCACCGCCAGGAGGCUCGCCUCGACCUUGAACGCCAGGUUGCAGCAGGCGCUCCUGGAAUUCAGACGCGACAAGGUCUCCAGACAAAAUGCUAGGUUGUCGCUAGCAAACGCUCUGUACGAGAACCCUUCGUUGCCGCGGCGAAAGCUGCUUCUGAGCACGGGCGGUCAGAAUUACCGACCCCCCCUCGAGAGGUCGAAAAGCGCGCCGAAACUGUCCGCCAUCGAGGAGGACAUAGUCGCCGAGGAGAUAGAGCAACAAAGGAUCCUUGACGAGUUGAGAACGUUGGAGAACGUGGCGCGAAGUUGGCAGGAUCAGGAUAGCUGGAGGCUCGCGCGGCUCCUCGACGCUUUGAACCGCGAGUCGUCCGACGAGAACGGAAGUAUCUCGAGCGGAUGCGAGACAGCGAGCACGGCCACGAGCGAGGAGAGGGCGCCCGCCGGAUUGGAGGAUCAUCAUGCUACAGGGGAUGGAACGGAGCAGCAAACGGACAGAAGAGUGAUGUUCCCGAUGAACGAGACGGUGACGAGGGGCCCCGGCCCUCGAAGAAACUCGGAAGGUUCCCCAAACUUCAUGACCUGCGCCGGGAGUCCCCGUUUCCAUCGUCGAAACGUGGUCGUCCACCACGGGAGCCGGGAAAGGUUCUCGCCCCGGAACGAUGAGGAAGAAUCGAUGGAGGAGGAGGACGAGGAGAUAGAGGAUCCGGCAUCCCACGUGUUCGAUUUCGAGGAUGUCGAGGAUUUCGACGACGUGGUCGAUUACAGGCCGAGGGGAGAGAUACUGCGCAGGCUGGAGGAUCCUCAGGACAGGGAGAGACGAGUGAUGGAGAAAUAUCCCGGUCGAAUGAACCAUCACGACCUGUUGCAAAACGACGAGACCCCGUUUCUAACGUUGGACUCCCUGGACGAGGAAGUGGACAGCGACGAGAGCGGUUACGUCGAGGCGCCGCCGAAAUCAUUGUUGGGCCAAGACGACCCGAGGAAGGAGGAGGAGGAGGAGGAGAGCGGGGACAACAACGAGUCGCGUGACGAGGGCGAGACGCGUCGGGACGCCUUCAGGGGAUCGAAGAUCUUGGAGGGAAGUGAGAAAGCGAAAAGCGAAGAUUCCAAAGAGACGGAGGGCAUGGAGGUGGAGGAAGAGGAGGUGAGCGAGGAGGAAGUCGAAACGAAGGGGGAUCCUCUGUUGACGGUGGAGAACAAUCAGAGGAUUAAAGAGAAGGAAAGGGAGAGGAGCGAUUUCAUUAAGUGUCCUAUUUCAGAGACUAUAAAGAAACUGGCGAAUGCGUCGUUGAAAAGCUCCAAGUCUUUAGAAAUGACUACCAACAACUGUUUGAAAGCUCUGAAUAAUUUAAAGACCUCGAAGUCGUUCGACGGUGUUAAGGCUAUCUCGGAGAUGGAAGGUGAAUCACCGAGUCUUCACCAGAGGAAGAAAUUGCUCGCUCAACAAGGAGUUAUCGUUUGAAAACUUGUCCAAAUAACAUAAUUAUAAAAAUGGAAGCCUGAAGAUUAAAUCUAUAAGGUCUAUUCUUUCUUUCUGAUCUUCGAACGCUGGAACGAUAGGCCACUGUACAUCACGUAUAAUAGACCCGUCAUAUUUGUAUUUAGAAAAUUUUGAAACGGUAGAAAAUUUUAUGGAGGAAUAAUAAUCAAAUGGUAUAGUUAACAAUGUUCGUUUUGUUCAAUCAAUAAGAGUCUUUAGUAAACUGUUGCGUCUAUGUUAUUGAUUUAACAGAAACGAAAUGCGGUUUCGAGUAUCGUGAGAAUACGUGUUUAGAAUUUGCGAGGAUAUAAAUAUGUUGCUCUAUCGAAUUGUUGAGAAUCAAAUGAUUUUUAG